GGCACUCACCAUGUCAUCAACCUCUGUAUCCGAGUGUGCCAACUGCGGGGCAGAGGCAACGCUGCAGUGUGCUGGAUGUCGAGAAGCUCCCGAGUAUCAGCCAGGCGAUGCUGGUGGGGUCUAUUACUGUGGGCGGGACUGUCAGAAGAAACACUGGCCGAGCCAUAAACCACGAUACACCGCCAUGCGUGGACGAAAGAAGCUCCUCCGGGCGGCCCUCGUGCUCAAAGCGGCUUUUCUGAGCUACCGACAGAUGGUGUUCGAUAUCCAACUCACCACGAUUGAGGUUCGAGCUGGGACCCUCCACCUUCACCAGAUCCUACGAGCCCCAACGACCCUACACAAACCGGGGCCUUUUCCCGAUCAUCUGACCACCAACGCCGAACACCGAGAAGCAGCGCUCACAGUCAAUCAACGUACCCUUGCGAUGGCAUUAUUGGGUCCGUUGACCCGGAAGCUUCUUGCCGGAUGCCGAUCUGCUGGAGGGAUCGAAGGCUGAGUUCACCGAUAAACUGGAAAAAUUUGCAUUGGCGGUGAGGCACCAUAUGGGGAACCUAUAAUGCGGGUUCGACCAGCAUCCAGCUUGGAGUGGGUUGUGGAAACAUCUGUAAUUCUGGAUGGUGUAUCAUUGGCGAGGAAUGUUCAAGCGGAAGAAUUCUCCAGAGCUUCGUGUCGAUCCCAGUAGAGAUAAUCGUGGCAGUGCUG